GCGGCAGCAGCCACAGGAGGAGGAGCGGGAGCAGCGGGAGGAGGAGGAGGAGGCAGAGCUGGAGUCGUAGGCUCUGCGGACUUCAGGGCUCCGCGCGCCUCAGGGCUCCGCGCGCCUCAGGGCUCCGCGCGCCUCCAUUCAUUUCGCAGCCAGCUGCGGAGGAAGGUGGCCGGACGCCUGCGUUGCCCACUCGCGCACUCGCGCGCGCAGACCCACGCUAAGCCCCGCGUCCCAGGCAGCACCGCUCUGCAAAAGUUCCUGCUCGGAAUUUGGCUCUCUUCCCCCUUGGACUUUCGAACGAUUUGGGGUUGAGAAAGGAAAGCAGAGGCGCCCGGAGGGGGGAGAGCAGAGAUCACACCACCGUCUGCACUUGGACGCAGGCAGCCUGGCUGCGCUCUCCCGAGCAGUGGAGGUCAGGAGCGACCCGGGUGCCUGAGUAGCUGUGUGUGUGUGUGUGUGACUGCUGUCGCCGGGCGUCUUCGCGGGGCGGGAGGCUCGCGCCGCAGCCAGCGCCAUGCAAAACUACAAGUACGACAAGGCGAUCGUGCCCGAGAGCAAGAACGGCGGCAGCCCGGCGCUCAACAACAGCCCGAGGAAGAGCGGGAGCAAGCGGGUGCUGCUCAUUUGCCUGGAUCUCUUCUGCCUCUUCAUGGCGGCACUGCCCUUCCUCAUCAUUGAGACGAGCACCAUUAAGCCUUACCGCCGAGGGUUUUACUGCAAUGAUGAGAGCAUCAAGUACCCCCUGAAAAUCAGUGAAACAAUCAACGAUGCUGUUCUCUGUGCAGUGGGGAUCGUCAUUGCCAUCCUGGCGAUCAUUACAGGGGAAUUCUACCGGAUCUACUACCUAAAGGAGAAGUCCCGGUCGACCGUUCAGAACCCCUAUGUGGCAGCCCUGUAUAAGCAAGUGGGCUGCUUCCUUUUCGGUUGUGCCAUCAGUCAGUCCUUCACAGACAUCGCUAAAGUGUCAAUUGGGCGCCUGCGUCCUCACUUCCUGAGUGUCUGCAACCCUGAUUUCAGCCAGAUCAACUGCUCUGAGGGCUACAUUCAGAACUACAGGUGCAGAGGCGAAGACAGCAAAGUCCAGGAGGCCAGGAAGUCCUUCUUCUCCGGCCAUGCCUCCUUCUCCAUGUUCACUAUGCUAUAUCUGGUGCUGUACCUGCAGGCCCGCUUCACCUGGAGAGGUGCCCGCCUGCUCAGGCCCCUUCUGCAGUUCACCUUGAUCAUGAUGUCCUUCUACACAGGACUGUCCCGCAUAUCUGACCACAAGCACCAUCCCGGCGAUGUCCUGGCAGGAUUUGUUCAAGGAGCCCUGGUGGCCUGCUGCAUAGUGUUCUUCGUGUCAGAUCUGUUCAAGACUAAGACGACACUCUCGCUGCCUCCCCCUGCUAUCAGGAAGGAGAUCCUGUCACCUGUGGACGUUAUUGACAGGAACAAUCACCACAACAUGGUGUAGGUGCUCCCCACCUCCUGAGCUGUCUUUGUAAAAUGACUGCUGACAGCAAGCUCCUGCUGCUCUCCAAUCUCAUCAGACAGUAGAAUGUAGGGAAAACCUUAUGCCCAACUGAUUUU